CAGCCUCAUCCUUUCAUCUGCUGUAGUCAGCAGAAUACAGGAGGAAGGGAGCAGAGUGUAGCACAGACACCGGAGCUGCUUUACACAGAGAGCAUCCUGCAGGAGAGACAGGACCUGAGUUACAGAGCGGAGAAGGAGAGAGAUAACGGGAGAGAAAGAGAGGGAGAAACAGAGAGAGAAAGAGAUAAGCAGAGAGAGAAAGAACGGAUAGAGAACCAGAGAGAAAGGUAGAUAGAGAGAGAAAGAGAGAGAGAGAAAAGAAAGAGAGAGAAAGCAGGCUGUCUGCCUUAGGACUACUGCAGCUGCACUAAAUCUCUUGGCUGUCACGCCAGCACUCACCGGAGGAGAGAGGAGAUAGAAGAUAGAAGAGAGAGGAGAGUGAUUUCACUAAGGAUUUCAUUGGUAUGGUCUCUGGGACGAAUAGCGAUGGGUACCCAACAAGACCGUCUGUCACCAGAUCAAACUUAAAAAGGAAAACUGGAGGAAAAGAAAAGUUCCUUUGGAUUGCUCCUGUCUAUCUUCUCCAGAAAAAGCAUUAGAUUCUACCUUUCUGUUUUCUUGAGUAAAGUGAAGGAGAAGAGAGAAAGUGCAGGAUAACCUUGUGACUAUUUCCUAAAAGAUGAACCGACGGUACAGUAGAAGGAGGAUUUCUGACUGACUAACUCUUUGCCCUUUGCUCUCCACUGUCCUGUCCUGUCCGAGCCCCCCCACCUCUCCAUACACUCCCACUGCUCGGCGGGACAACACACUCAUGGUGGAUGCAAAGGGCCGGAACAUGAAAUGUCUGACCUUCCUCUUGAUGCUCCCAGAGUCAGUCAAGAGCAAGUCACUGAGCUCCAGGAGCUCCAAAAAGACAGUAAACAGCAGCAGCGCUGCCGGGGGCAGUACCGGGUCCAAGCUGCCUCCGGUGUGUUACGAGAUCAUUACCCUGAAGAACAAGAAGAAAAAGAGGAUGGCAGAUAUUUUCCCUAAGAAGCAGGGUGAAGGGUCGUCCACCACCACAGUGCAGGAGAACCAACAACAGAACCUGAAUAACAACAUUCAGAACUGUAACUGGCAGGGGCUGUACUCUACUAUACGAGAGAGAAACUCUGUGAUGUUCAACAAUGAGUUGAUGGCCGACGUUCAUUUCGUGGUGGGACAGACAGGAGGGACACAGAGACUUCCAGGACACAGGUAUGUUCUCGCUGUUGGCAGUUCAGUGUUCCAUGCCAUGUUUUAUGGAGAGCUUGCGGAAAACAAGGAUGAAAUCCGGAUUCCGGACAUGGAGCCUGCUGCAUUCCUGGCAAUGUUGAAGUACAUCUAUUGUGAUGAGAUAGACCUGAAUGCUGACACAGUGCUGGCCACGCUCUACACUGCUAAGAAGUACAUUGUGCCCCACCUGGCCAGAGCCUGUGUUAACUUUCUGGAGACUAGCCUUUCAGCCAAGAACGCCUGCGUCCUGCUUUCACAGAGCUGUUUGUUUGAGGAGCCUAAGUUGACCGAGCGAUGCUGGGAGGUGAUUGAUGCCCAGGCAGAGCUGGCCCUGCGGUCGGAGGGUUUCACUCACAUCGACUCCCAGACACUAGAGAGUAUCCUCCAGAGAGAGACCCUCAACGCCAAAGAGGAGGUGGUGUUUGAGGCAGCUCUGAGCUGGGCCGAAGCAGAGUGUCAGAGACAGGACCUCACCACCUCCAUCGACAACAAACGCAAGGUGCUGGGCAAGGCCGUAUUCCUCAUUCGCAUCCCCACCAUGACAUUGGAUGACUUUGCUAAUGGUGCCGCUCAAUCAGGCGUCCUGACCCUGAACGAAACCAACGACAUCUUCCUGUGGUACACCGCAGCCAAGAAACCGGACCUCCUGUUCGCCAGCCAACCACGGAAGGGCCUGUCUCCUCAGCAAUGCCACCGUUUCCAGUCCUGUGCCUACCGGAGCAACCAGUGGCGCUACCGGGGACGCUGCGACAGCAUUCAGUUCACAGUGGACCAACGCAUCUUCAUCGCUGGGUUUGGCCUCUAUGGCUCCAGCUGCGGAUCGACCGAGUACUCGGCUAAGAUUGAGCUCAAACGCCAGGGCCUUCUCCUCGGACAGAACCUGAGUAAAUACUUCUCUGAUGGUUCUAGCAACACGUUCCCCGUGUGGUUUGAGUACCCUGUGCAGAUAGAACCGGAUAUGUUCUACACGGCCAGCGUGGUGCUGGAUGGGAGCGAGUUGAGUUACUUUGGACAGGAAGGCAUGACGGAGGUGCAGUGUGGGAAGGUGACGUUUCAGUUCCAGUGUUCGUCAGACAGUACCAACGGAACCGGAGUCCAAGGGGGACAGAUACCUGAACUCAUCUUCUACACAUAAAUUAACCUAAUGCCUAAUGUGUACCUUCUGUGACCAUUCACAUGUCUGGUUCCGCGUCCACUCACGUCCUUGGAAAAGUAUCCCAUGAACAUGUGCGGAAUGGGAGGGGAACGUUCAAUAUUGCAACAUUUUUGUUUGAUUGGCCUUAGUGCGGAAGAGGAAGGUAUGAGUUAUGGACCAUACCAUUAGUUUGGCAGUAAAAUGACCUAGUGGCCUCAUGGGUGGAAUGUAAUGAAUAUUUUUUUUAAUUGCAUAAUUGUCAAGUGGUUUUGUGAUAUUUCAGUCUGUGAUGUGUAUCAAUUGUAAUAUUGGGAUGCAAACUCAAAAUGUAAUACAUAUCAACUCGAUGUCUGACACAGGUGUCUUUUUGUCAGCCCAUAACUAUGUGUGUGAGGUGUAUACCUUCGUAGAUGUGUUUACUGCUACCAAUAAAUACUCUGUGUGACCCUGUUUUAGCCCACCGUACUAAAACGUCUUAAGUUCUAUGGUUGGAUGGUCAAAAUGUGUCCAUGGUGUCUGAGAAUGGAUUUAGUUUCUAGGUGAUAAUUUAUUUGCAGGUGCUGGAAGACUUUAGGAUAGUGGACUCAUUACUGUCUUCAACAGAUAUUUUCUUUGUACAUUGUGUCAGUAUUAUUUGGACUUCUCUCUUUCUGUACGUGCGAAACAACAGAUAUCUAAUUUGGGAAUUUGAAAACACGUAAUUGAGGAUUCUGUUUUGGUGCUGUUAGAUGGUCUCCCACUCUGUGCCAUGAGUUCUUAAUCUUAAAAAAUAGUCUCUAACAUCAGAGCAUAAACUGAAGAGGGUUCAAUAUCAUAACAUGUCUCUAAUGUAUGUACAGAGAUAGCCCCAUUGUCACGAAUAUUACCGAAGGUGACUCCCCUUCUUGUUCGGGUGGCGCUCGGCGGUCGUCGUCGCCGGUCUACUAGCUAUCGCUGAUCCGUUGUUCUGUGUUCGUUUAGUUCUGUCUAAUUGGUAUCACCUGUUUCUUGUUUGGUUGUUAGGAUAGGGUUAUAUAUAGUCUGUUCAGCCCGCUUCUGUUUCGUGCGGGCUUGUUCUCCUGUUUCUUUGGUUGAGUGUAUUUUUGUUGGCAUUUGGGUUUCACGCUGUCCGUUUAUAUUUCUGUUCAUUUGUGUUUCCACUUUUGUUCAUGUUAUGUUUCCAGGACAUUAAAGCGUGUUGUUUUUCCCACAUCCUUUGCUCUCUGCGCCUGACUCCACACCUCUUCACUCAUUGACACGUAACAGAAGCCCGCACCUCCUAUGGAGUCAGCAGGAGCAGCGACCACUCCUCUUCCCACUAUGGAAGAGCGAGUUCAACAUCACACGUCCAUCCUCCAUCGCCUAGGAUCAGCGAUGGAUCAGAUGAUGGAGAGGAUGGAUCGUUGGGAGAGGAAUGGUUUCCCUACUACUACCCCACCGACCCUCCUACCAGCAACUCUACCAUCUCCCCCAUCUGGAUCCGGUUCCAGCGCUCUGCGCAUUACGCCUCCGAGGAAUUACAAUGGAGCAGCGACGGGGUGCCAGGGAUUCCUGCUGCAAUUAGACCUCUACCUGGCCACCGUUCGGCCGGCCCCCUCGGAGGAGGAGAGAGUAGGGGUCCUCAUCACCUGCCUGACCGGUAGAGCCCUGGAGUGGGCUAAUGCGGUCUGGAACGGGCCCGACUCAGCGAAGGACAACUACCCGGAGUUCAUCCGCUGUUUCAGGGCUGUGUUCGAUCACCCUCCAGAAGUUCGAGCGGCGGGUGAGAGAUUGUUCCAUCUUAGACAGGGGACGAGGAGCGCGCAGGACUUCGCGCUGGAGUUCCGGACCUUGGCUGCGGGAGCAGGGUGGAACGACAGGGCCCUGAUAGACCAUUACAGGUGUAGCCUGAGAGAGGACGUCCGUAGGGAGCUGGCCUGUCGGGAUACUACACUUAGCCUGGAUGGACUGAUAGACCUGUCGAUCCGGUCGGACCAUCUGCUAGCUGCUCGUGGACGUUCUGAAAGGGUCCUGUCAGUUCUACCUCCUGAUCCUCCUGCCCCUAUCCCGAUGGAGCUAGGAGGGACUGCGUCAAGGGAGAUCGGAGGAGGAAGCUCCUCCUGUACCAGUUGUGGCCGGAGAGGGCACACGUCUGGUCGGUGCUGGAGGAAUUAAUCUGGGAAUCGUGAGGGCAGGCAGAACACUCAUCGGUCACCCCAGGCCGGUGGUAGCUGGUCCUAUGCAGGAAGAUGAGGUUCCGGAGGUUCCUCCGCCCCCUCUGGACAUCGAGGGGUCCCCGGCGUACAAGAUACGAGCCAUUCUGGACUCUAGACGCCGGGUGAGAGGCUUGCAGUACCUCGUUGACUGGGAGGGGUACGGUCCGGAGGAGAGGUGCUGGGUCCCGGUGAGGGAUAUUCUAGAGCCAUCUAUGUUGAGUGAAUUCCAUCGCCUCCGUCCGGAUCGUCCCCGAGGCCGGCGUCGGCGCGCUGCGGGAGCUAUGCGUCAGGAGGGGGGUACUGUCACGAAUAUUACCGAAGGUGACUCCCCUUCUUGUUCGGGUGGCGCUCGGCGGUCGUCGUCGCCGGUCUACUAGCUAUCGCUGAUCCGUUGUUCUGUGUUCGUUUAGUUCUGUCUAAUUGGUAUCACCUGUUUCUUGUUUGGUUGUUAGGAUAGGGUUAUAUAUAGUCUGUUCAGCCCGCUUCUGUUUCGUGCGGGCUUGUUCUCCUGUUUCUUUGGUUGAGUGUAUUUUUGUUGGCAUUUGGGUUUCACGCUGUCCGUUUAUAUUUCUGUUCAUUUGUGUUUCCACUUUUGUUCAUGUUAUGUUUCCAGGACAUUAAAGCGUGUUGUUUUUCCCA